AAUUCUUUGUCAAUUUAUUUUUUCACAGGAUUUUUCUCCGUAUCCUAUAAAAAAAAUGGGGGACAUAGAUUCAUGUCUUGAUGCAUUUAAACAUUUGCCAUACUUUAAACCACUGUAUACAACCAUACUAAGGCAGCAGAUGCAGUAUUUGACAGAGCAGCUAUCAUUACAUGCUGGGGAAGAAUCUCUGGUUCUCACUACAAACAUUUCUGCUGGAACAAUUUCCAGUCUCACUUCAACGUUUGGGACUGGUUUCCUUGACCAUAGGUCAGAGUUAAAAAAGCAGUUCACCCAACACUGUGCCAAAAAUAAACUGACAUAUGAAAGUUUAAAGUUUGACUCUAGAAGAAGUGUCCAUACUGAUACUAUGUACAUACAAGAACAACCGAACAUGGCUGUAAAAAGAAAGAGAUUAGAGAUGGAGAAGAACCAAACAGUUAAAAUACCUAACAUGGAUGAUUAUCUCAAAGUUAAAGACAAAGAUAGAAAAAUAAAGACAAAUAAACUGAUACAGAAGGCUAAUAUUAGUAACAAAGACAAAAUAAAUACAACUUCUCAUGUUGGAAACUUUGCUAAUAUUAAAAUUGAAAAUGUAAGAGAUUUACAGCAUGGUGAAAGUACAAAGUGUGAUGAAGGUGGUCAAACAUCAACAGAGGAAACAAAUGUUUGUGAAGGAGGGGAUGACAGUAAUAUGUACAUCAUAAAAAAAGAGCCAGAUGAUGUUGACUGCUUUGUGAUUACUAGAAAUACAAAGGAUAGUCAGGAACCAGAGUUGGCUAAUUCUGUUGACACUGUAGAUAAUGGUAGCAAUAAUGUACAUGUCUCAGAUACACCAAGUUCACAAGAGAAUUUCACAAAUGAGGCAGUUACUUCAGUAACUGAGGAAAACAUUUCUGUCAAUACAUUGAAUAAUAUGACAGAUGAUGUAAUAUCAGUACGUGAGUCAUAUAUAUCUGAAAAGGAGGCAGGCUCUCUGCCUGAGAAAAUCCUCACCGAAACAGAUGACAACAUGCAUGUUAUAACAGUUCAGAAAUCAUAUCUAAGUAGUUCUGAUGAAGGUUCGUUACCAGGAAAAAUGUCAACAGAAACAGGUGGCAGUGACAUAUGGAUUGUUGCUGGUGUAGAUAGCGAAGCUAACCUGGUAGAAAUGUCAAAUUUAUCACAAAAUCACUUAUCUGGCUUGAAUAAGCAAACAUCCGAGUUAUCUUCUGAAAUAGGUAUUGACAAGACGUUUGAAACAGCCAUUAACCAGAAUUUUCCAUCCACAAGGAGUGGUGGAUUUUUGUCUAACAUAAAUGUUACCCAGGAGUACCAAAGAGGUGCACAGUUUAUUGGUAGUCAGUCAACACCUGCUGCACAAGUUCGAAGGUCAACAGAUGAUACUAAAUCACACUAUCAGUGUUAUUUUUGUCCUCAAAGUUUUACUUCACACUCUUCACAGAAAAGACAUGAACGUAGACACACAGGUGAAACCCCCUGGGCAUGUGAAUUUUGUGAUAAACGGUUCUAUAGAAAAGAUGAUCUUCAUGUGCAUUCCUUAAAGCAUGUUGGACAAAAACCGUACAUGUGUCCAAUCUGCCUGACUGGAUAUUGUAAGAAAAAAUUACUAGAAUUACAUGUGGCAACACACAAAGAUCUGUCAGAAGCAGCUCCUUCUGCUAGUACAAGUGAUUAAGUGGACCAGGAUUUAAAAAGAGUAUAAAGCUAUAUCUGCAUUUUAUUAUAUUGAAAAAGAGUUCUUCCAAAAUGCCCAAAGUAAAAGUUAUGGUAGGAUAUUUUAUUAAAAGCAGAUGAUGCAUGUAGUAAAUCAUGGUUGAAUUAUUAAAAUUCUACAUGAAAUAGCAGCAUAAUAUUUUUAUGCCCCCGGGCAUAUAGUAAUUGAACCGUCCGUCUGUCCGGACGAGGUUAACCUAGAACGGCAAGUUGGAUUUUUCUUAAGUUCUACCUGUACCAAUGGCCUCUAAGUUUACACACUUACUAAUCAAUACAAAGUACAUGAUCUGGGCAAGUUACAUAACUCUGGCUUUCAUAUUUACCAAGUUAUUGCCCUUUUCAGCACGUAGAAAAUGAAUAAUGGUUAACCUAAAACGGCAAGUUGGAAAUAUCUUAAGUUCUAUCUAUACUAAUGGCUUUAUAACUUCCACACUUUCUUAUCAAUACAAAGUACAUGAUAUUGUCAAGUUAUAUAACUGUGUCAUCCAUAUUUUCCAGUUAUUUCCCUUUUUAGCUCGACUAUUCGAUAAGAAUAAGUAGAGCUAUUGCAGUCACCCGAGCGUCGGCGUCGGCGUAACCACUUACGUUAAAGUUUUUGUAAUAGUUCAAAUAUUUUCAAAGUCCAUUGACAUAUGGCUUUGAAACUUUGCACACUUGUUCAACAUCAUGACCCCAACCUGUAAACAGGAGGAGGUAACUCUAUCAAGCAUUUUAACAGAAUUAUGCCCCUUUUUCGACUUAGAAUUUACGUUAAAGUUUUGUAAUAGUUCAAAUAUUUUCAAAGUCCAUUGACAUAUGGCUUUGAAACUUUGCACACUUGUUCACCAUCAUGACCCCAACCUGUAAACAGGAGGAGGUAACUCUAUCAAGCAUUUUGACAGAAUUAUGCCCCUUUUUCGACUUAGAAUUUACGUUAAAGUUUUUGUAAUAGUUCAAAUAUUUUCAAAGUCCAUUGACAUAUGGCUUUGAAACUUUGCACACUUGUUCACCAUCAUGACCCCAACCUGUAAACAGGAGGAGGUAACUCUAUCAAGCAUUUUGACAGAAUUAUGCCCCUUUUUCGACUUAGAAUUUACGUUAAAGUUUUUGUAAUAGUUCAAAUAUUUUCAAAGUCCAUUGACAUAUGGCUUUGAAACUUUGCACACUUGUUCACCAUCAUGACCCCAACCUGUAAACAGGAGGAGGUAACUCUAUCAAGCAUUUUGACAGAAUUAUGCCCCUUUUUCGACUGAGAAUUUACGUUAAAGUUUUUGUAAUAGUUCAAAUAUUUUCAAAAACCAUUGACAUAUGGCUUUGAAACUUUGCACACUUGUUCACCAUCAUGACCCCAACCUGUAAACAGGAGGAGGUAACUCUAUCAAGCAUUUUUUUUACUAUCAAGCACUAAGAAUAGUCGAGCGUUGCUGUCCUACCGACAGCUCUUGUUUCACUUUGAAAAUAGGGCCUUGUCUGGUUAACCUAUUUCGGCAAGUUGGAUUUAUCUUAAAUUUCUCCUACAUUGUAAUUGCUUAAUUUCUUUAAUGAUAUCUUUCAUAUUUAGUAGAUGGAUACCUUUGAUGUUCCUCUAAUUUUUUGUGGAGUAAGCGGUCUCUAGGGUCAAGGUCAAGGUCACUGGUUUAAAAAGGAAAUAUAAACAUUUUUGCUCAUACAGCCUUUAUUUUUUAGUUGAUGUCUUAGUUUAAUACAAACAUGCCAAGGGAAGUCCUCCUUCUUUGGGUGUAGUAAGGGGUCGUUUGGGUCAAGGUCAAUGUUACCAAUGUCAAGGUCACCAAUGUUAAAAAUAGAUUUUUACAUUUUUACAGGUGUAUUGACCUUAUUCUAUAGACAGAUGAUAUUUAUAAUUGAUAGAAACAUAAACUUUGAUGGAGUUAGUGGUCAGUUGGGUCAAGGUCACCAGUGCUAAAAAUAGAUUUUUACACAUUUGCUCAUACAGUCUUUAUUUAUUGACAGAUAUAUUUUAUAUUUGGUAGGAAGAUAACUUGCAUGGUAUUCAUCCUUUUGAUGGGGGUAGGGAUCAGUGGGUCAAGGUCACUUGUGCUAAAAAUAGAUUUUUACACUUUUGCCCAUACAUCUUUUAUUUAUUGACAGAUGUAUUUCAUAUUUGGUAGGAAGAUAACUUACAUGGUAUUCUUCUUUUGGAUAGAGUUAGGGGUCAGUUUGGUCAAGGUCACCAGUGCUCAAAAUAGAUUUUUACACUUUUGCCCAUACAGCCUUUAUUUAAAAACAGAUGUAUUUCAUAUUUGGUAGGAAGAUAACUUGCAUGAAGUUGAAUAUUUUUCAACUUCACAAGUCAGAGCAAUGACUUGGCAACUUAUAUUUUUCACAAUUACAAAAUGCCAUGACUUUGUCAAGCUAUAUAACUUGUGUUUACAAUUUUUUGGCAAUUUUUCUGUCCAUAACUGAGUGAAUGGGUAAACAUUUUUUGAAAUAUUGCUACUGACAAGAGUCUGAGCCGGGGCAUUUGUGUUUAACAAACACGUUCUUGUUUCCAUAAUGUUUUGUUUUGUUAACUAAUAGAGAUAUUUUAUGUUACAAGAAUAUAUAUGUUUAAAGAAUCAACCAUAUGAUUCUGGAAAGAUAUUUUUAAAUAUAACAAUAUUUUAUUAGAUGUAGCUUUAUACCCUUUAAAGAAGAGUAUUACUUAUAUAAUAACCAGUAAUAUUUUUAUUUUUUAUCUUGUACUGUGAAAUCAGUGGUUGAGUAGUCUUUUUGAGUUUUGCUGUUGUGUUAGAUCUGAAAACAAAGUGUUAUAUAUGAAUAUGAACUGUUACCUAGAUCUCUAAGUGUAUACACAAAAAGCUGCCGUAGAUCAAAGAAAUUUCAUUGUACUUUUAUAAUGUAAAGUGUUCCAGACAAUGUAUCAGUUUAACUUAGUAUAUUAUAAACUUCAUGUAUAGCAAUGGAAAAGAAAAAUUAUUGGAAUUCCCAAAUGUACAUAGAAAUGCUAUAAUGAAAGCAGGGUAAUCAUGAUUUAUUACUUUUAGUUUUAUAUUCAUGUCAGAAAUUUAUUACAGAGUUACUGCAACAUUUGAUUGAACCCUUUUAGUGUUUCAACAAAACAAAUUAUCUCUGCAGCCAAAAAAGUAUCUUACAUUUUAUGGAAAAAGUACAGAGUUGAAAUCUCUUUGUUUUGGGAAAGUUAAACAAAUUUAAAAUUUUAAUACAACCUGUCUUGUACAAAAUUUAAAGGAAAAUACUGCUUACUGGUUUGAAAUGAGACCUAGACUUACAGGUGGUCAGUCAUAUAGAUAAGUAAAUAUAUCCUUGAUAGAAAAUACAAGUAUGAAAAUAGAAAAUACUGUAAAAUAUUGUACAAAUGUAAGUCACUUGAUAGCAAUGCUUUUAAAAUUUUGGGAGAAAAAUUCCAUUUUUAAAAUAUAGCCACUGAAAUUUACAUGUAUAAUGUUUUACAAGUCACAAAACAAACUAAGACCAAAAGUGAUGAAAAAUUAUUUCUUAUUUUUAGCUCACCUGACCACAAAGUGGUCAAGGUGAGGUAUAGUGAUGGGGCUAUGUCCGGCGUCCGUCUUCGUGCGUCGUCAACAAUUGGGUUGUUAACAGUCUAGCAGUCACAGUUUUGAUUGGAUCAUCAUCAAACUUUGUCAGAAUGUUUGUCUCAAUGAAAUACAGAUCGAGUUCGAAGAUGGGUUAUCUCGGGUCAAAAACUAGGUCACAGGAGCUAAAAAUAGAAAAAGCUUGUUAACACUCUAGAGGCUGCAGUUUUCAUCCAAAUAUUCUGGAAAUUUGUCAGGAAGGUUGUUUUAAUGAUAUCUAGGUCAAGUUCGAAGAUGGGUCAUCUCCGGUCAAAAACUAGGUCACAGGAGCUAAAAAUAGAAAAAGCUUGUUAACACUCUAACAAUUGGGUUGUUAACAGUCUAGCAGUCACAGUUUUGAUUGGAUCAUCAUCAAACUUUGUCAGAAUGUUUGUCUCAAUGAAAUACAGAUCGAGUUCGAAGAUGGGUUAUCUCGGGUCAAAAACUAGGUCACAGGAGCUAAAAAUAGAAAAAGCUUGUUAACACUCUAAAGGCUGCAGUUUUCAUCCAAAUAUUCUGGAAAUUUGUCAGGAAGGUUGUUUUAAUGAUAUCUAGGUCAAGUUCGAAGAUGGGUCAUCUCCGGUCAAAAACUAGGUCACAGGAGCUAAAAAUAGAAAAAGCUUGUUAACACUCUAACAAUUGGGUUGUUAACAGUCUAGCAGUCACAGUUUUGAUUGGAUCAUCAUCAAACUUUGUCAGAAUGUUUGUCUCAAUGAAAUACAGAUCGAGUUCGAAGAUGGGUUAUCUCGGGUCAAAAACUAGGUCACAGGAGCUAAAAAUAGAAAAAGCUUGUUAACACUCUAGAGGCUGCAGUAUUCAUCCAAAUAUUCUUGAAAUUUGUCAGGAAGGUUGUUUUAAUGAUAUCUAGGUCAAGUUCGAAGAUGGGUCAUCUCAGGUCAAAAACUAGGUCACAGGAGCUAAAAAUAGAAAAAGCUUGUUAACACUCUAGUGCCUGCAGUUUUCAUCCAAAUAUUCUGGAAAUUUGUCAGGAAAGUUGUUUUGAUGAUUUCUAGAUCAAGUUCGAAGAUGGGUCAUCUCCGGUCAAAAACUAGGUCACAGGAGCUAAAAAUAGAAAAAGCUUGUUAACACUCUAGUGGCUGCAGUUUUCAUCCAAAUAUUCUGGAAAUUUGUCAGGAAGGUUGUUUUGAUGAUAUCUAAAUAAAGGUCGAAGAUGGGUCAUGUCCGGUCAAAAACUAGGUCAAAGGAGCUAAAAAUAGAAAAAGCUUGUUAACACUAGUGGCUGCAGUUUUGAUUAAAAUAUUCUGGAAAUUUGUAAGGAAGGUUGUUUUAAUGAUUUCUAGGUCAUGUUCGAAGAUGGGUAAUGUCUGGUCAAAAACUAGGUCACAGGAGUUUAAAAUAGAAAAAGCUUGUUAACACUCUAAUGGUUGCAGUUUUCAUCCAAACAUUCUGGAAAUUUGUCAGAAAGGUUGUUUUGAUGAUUUCUAGGUCAAGUUUGAAGAUGGGUCAUCUCAGGUCAAAAACUAGGUCACAGGAGCUAAAAAUAGAAAAAGCUUGUUAACACUCUAAUGGCUGCAGUUUUCAUCUAAAUAUUCUGGAAAUUUGUCAAGAAGGUUGUUUUGAUGAUAUCUAAGUCAAGUUGGAAGAUGGGUCAUCUUCGGUCAAAUUCUAGGUGACAGGAGCUAAAAAUAGAAAAGCUUGUUAACACAUUAGGGGCUGCAGUUUUCAUCCAAAUAUUCUUGAAAUUUGUCAGGAAGGUUGUUUUGAUGAUGUCUAGGUCAAGUUCGAAGAUGGGUUAUCUCCGGUCAAAAACUAGGUCACAGGAGCUAAAAAUAGAAAAAGCUUGUUAACACUCUAGUGGCUGCAGUAUUGAUUCAAAUAUUCUGGAAAUUUGUCAGGAAGGUUGUUUUGAUGAUUUCUGGGUCAAGUUCGAAGAUGGGUCAUCUCAGGUCAAAAACUAGGUCACAGGAGCUAAAAAUAGAAAAAGCUUGUUUACACUCUAGUGGCUGCAGUUUUGAUUCAAAUAUUCUGGAAAUUUGUCAAGAAUGCUGUUUUGAUGUUUUCUGGGUCAAUUGCUAAGAUUGGUCAUGUCCGGUCAAAAACUAGGUCACAGGAGCUAAAAAUAGAAAAAUCUUUUUAACACUCUAGUGGCUGCAGUUUUGAUCCAAAUUUCCUGGAAAUUGGUCAGGAAGGUUGUUUUGAUGAUUUCUAUGUCAAGUUUGAAUAUGGGUCGUGUCCGGUCAAAAAUUAGGUCACAUUGCCCAAAUAUGGAAAAAUCUUUAUAACACACUAGAGGUCACAUGUUUGACUCAGUUGUCAUCAAACUUGGUCAUGAUGCUUGUUUAAGACAUUGCUUGGAUGCGGUUGUGUCAGGUGAGCGAUCCAGGGCCAUCAUGGCCCUCUUGUUUGUGUGAGUGAUGAUCAUAAUCAUCUUUUCAAGAAAAAAAAAUUAAAGCAAGUAUUAAGUGGAAAAUGUAGAAAAUUGUACCAUUUGAACAAAGUUAAAACAAAAUGUAAGUUGUAGAACAUUUUUGUUAUUGUCUGUUUGUUAAAAUGUUGUUUAUUGUUAGGUUUAAUCAUAUGUGAAAAUAUUUUAUAUUGAAAGAAUUAUUUUCUUUGAAUAUUGAUUGGCGGAACAAUUGUUUUAAAGAUAUAAAUAUUCAUUGAAUUUUUACAUGUUUCAUGUUUUCUUAAAUAUUGGUUGGUAUACAGUUAGUGCAAUUUGAAGUCUGAUUUUAUUUUUACCCUUUAGAGGUGCUAUAUUUUUACAUUAUUUUUUUUAAUUACCAUUUUCUUGUUAUUCAUGUGCAAAUAUUUGGUUUCUUUAAAGAAAGGCAUUUGAUUUCAGUCAUUUUUAUUUAUACCCCCGCACAACGAAGUUGUAAGGGGAAUAUACUGGAAUCAGCUUGUCUGUCCGUCCGUCUCCCCGUCCGGCCGUCCGUCAGUUUGCCUUGUCCACCCAAUAACUUAAGAUUCCUUUGACCCACAGUCUUCAUAUUUGGCAUGAAGGUUAGUCAUGACUAAAAGAUGACCCUUAUUGAUUUUGAGGUAAUUGGGUCGAAGGUCAAGGUCACAGGGGCCUUGACUAAAAAAGCUUGUUCGUCCAAUAACUUAAGAUUCCAGAUUCCUUUGACCCAUAGUCUUCAAAUUUGGCUUGCAGGUUAGUCAUGGCUAGAAGAUGACCCCUAUUGAUUUUGAGGUUGCUGGGUCAAAGGUCAAGGUCACAGGGGCAUUGAAAAAAAAAAAGCUUGUCCGCCCAAUAACUUAAGAUUCCUUUGACCCACGGUCAUCAUAUUUGGCAUGGAGGUUAGUCAUGAUUAGUAGAUGACCCCUAUUGAUUUUGAGGUCACUGGGUCAAAGGUCAAGGUCACAGGGACUUUGACUUCAAAAAAUUGUCCGCCCAAUAACUUAAGAAACCUUUGACACACAGUCUUUAUAUUUGGUAUUGAGGUUGUUUAUGACUAGUUUCUUGCAUCACAGACUGGAAUAUCUAGCUGUGGGUAACUGUUUAGCGGAAACUCGGCAGAGCCUCGUUACCGCUGUAAACAGUUACCCUCGAGCUAGAUAUUACGGUCUGUACCAGCAGCCGGUGUAAGAUUCUUAUAAGAUGACCCCUAUUGAUUUUUAGUUGACUGUGUCAAAGGUCAAGGUCACAGGGAUUAUUACUAUGAUAAGUUUGUCUGCUCAAAUGCUUAAGAAUGCCUGUCCGCAGUGUAUUGAUUUUGACAUUUUCACAUUUGAAGCAUGUAGAAUACAUAACUUGCAAUGCACUGGCUUAGUAACCUCAGAUUUGGCAGGGAGGUUGUCCUUGAGCUUUAAAUGGCCACUGUUGAUUCUGAAAGUGGUAUGCGGGGGUAUUCACGCCAUGGCAGUGGCAGUUCUAGUUUAUUGUCUGUUAAUUAUUUAGAGCAAAAUGUUCACUUUUUAUAUGCCCGAAAGAAUUUCGGGCAUAUUAUGUUAUACCCCCUGGCAUCAGUGUCUGUUAAUAGCAAUUUGGUUUCCGGAGCAUAACUUAAGUUCCAUUUGGCCCACAGUGUUGAAACUUCAUAUGAUGAUUGUCCAUAUUGGGUUGAAGACCCCUAUUGAUUUUGGGGUCACAUGGUCAAUGUCACUAUAACCUUAAAACUGAAAACAGUUUCCGGAGCAUAACUUAAAUUCAAUUUGGCCCACAGUGUUCAAACUUCAUAGGAUGAUUGUCCAUAUUGGGUAGAAGACCCCUAUUGAUUUUGGGUUACAAAGUCAAAGGUCAAGGCCACUAUUUCCUUAAAACUGAAAACAGUUUCCUGAGCAUAACUUAAGUUCCAUUUGGCCCACAAUAUUCAAACUUUAUAGGAGGAUUGUUAUUUGAAGGAGGUAAUACUUUAUUGAAUUCCCAUGUCUUACAAAUGCUUCAUCUUUACUUAAAAAAAAAUCACAUUCGGGCAUAUAAUGCUCCGCCUAGCGGUGCUCUUGUUUUUAAUGCAUCAUUCAAUUGUAUGUUAUUUAUUUAUUAAUAAAUGCUGAAAAGCAGCUUUAUCUACUUGAAUGGUUACACAAAAAAUGAGCGUACAUGUUAUAUUUAUAAAUGUUCUUUGUAACAUAUUACUACACUGGAAUAUUUAUUGUAAUUUGGAUAAUUUGCCUGAAAAAAAAACCUUGGUGUAGGAUAUGUUUUUUUGCUCCCCGAAAAAUUUCGUGGCAUAUAGUCGUCGGUUUGUCCAUCAAUUGCUCCGUACGUCCCAAAUUCGUGUCUGGCCCAUAACUUUGUUUUUUGAAGUCGGAUUUUAAAACUACUUCACAGAAAUGAUCACCAUAUUGAGACGACGUGUCCCGCGCAAAUUUGGGUUGCUACCUGGAAAGUUAAGGUCAUAGCAUGACCUUGCAGCAAAAUCGUGUACGGUUCAUAACUUCAUUAUUUGAAGUCAGAUUUUAAAACUAUGUCACAGAAAUGAUCACCAUAUUGAGACGACGUGUCAUGCGCAAAUUUGGGUUGCUACUUUGAAGGUCAAGGUCACAGCAUGACCAUGAAGCAAAAUCGUGUUCGGCCCAUAACUUUGUUAUUUGAAGUCGGAUUUUAAAACUAUUUCACAGAAAUGAUCACCAUAUUGAGAUGACGUGUCGCGAGCACUUUUGGGUCGCUACCUUGAAGGUCAAGGUCACAGCAUGACCUUGCAGCAAAAUCGUGUCCGGCCCAUAACAUCGUUACUUGAAGUCGGAUUUUAAAACUAUUUCACAGAAAUGAUCACCAUAUUGAGACAACGUGUCAUGCGCAGCAUUUGGGUUGCUAAUUUGAAGGUCAAGGUCACAGCAGGACCUUGCAGCAAAAUCAUGUCUGGCCCAUAACUUCUUUACUUGAUGUUGGAUUUAACAACUAUUUCACAGAGAUGAUCACCAUAUUGAAUCGUCUUGUCGCAUGCAACAUUUGGGUCGCUACCUUGAAGGUCAAGGUCACAGCAUGACCUUGCAGCAAAAUCGUGUCCAGUCUACAACUGCGUUAUUUGACGUCGGAUUUUACAACUAUUUCACAGAGAUGAUCACCAUAUUGAGACAAUGUGUCGCGCGCAACAUUUGGGUCGCUACCUUGAAGGUCAAGGUCACAGCAUGACCUUGCAUCAAUAUCGUGUCCGACCCAUAACUUCGUUAUUUGAAGUCGGAUUUUACAACUAUUUCACAAAUAUGUUCACCAUAUUGAGACGAUGCGUCACGCUCAACAUUUGGGUCGUUACUUUGAAGGUCAAGGUCACAGCAUGACCUUGCAGCAAAAUCGUAUCCAGCCCUUAACUUCGUUAUUUGAAGAUGGAUUUUACAACUCCUUCACAGAAAUGAUCACCAUAUUGAGACAAUGUGUCGCGCAAAAACAUUUGGGUGGCUACCUGGAAAGUUAAGGUCACAGCAUUUCCUUGCAUCAAUAUCGUGUCCGGCCCAUAACUUCGUUAUUUGAAGUCAGAUUUUACAACUAUUUCACAGAAAUGAUCACCAUAAUGAGACAAUGUGUCGCGCACAUUUACACUUGGGUUGUUUUUACACUUUGAACUUUGUCUGUGACAUAACUCUGACACUACGAGAGGUAUACCUUCCUGUGUCCAAAACCUAUUAGGGGAGCAUCACCUGGUUCAACCGGCUCUUGUUUAUGUUGUGCAAUUGUUGUAUUUUAAAUGCCUCUCAGUCAAACACUGUUAAUAAACUAAUGAAUAUAG